AUGUCGGCCAAGGCAGACUCCCGCCCUAAGGCUACCGAUUCCAAGAAGGUCCAUAUCGCCGAUACGCCUCUCACUCGCCAGAACUGGUACAAGCAUGUCAACUGGUUGAACGUCUUCCUCAUCGUAGGAAUUCCCAUCUAUGGCUGUAUUCAGGCCUUCUGGGUGCCAUUGCAGCUCAAGACUGCCAUCUGGGCCGUUGUCUACUACUUUUUCACUGGUCUCGGAAUCACUGCUGGAUACCACCGUCUCUGGGCUCACUGCUCGUACUCCGCUACCCUUCCGCUCCGUAUCUGGCUCGCCGCUGUUGGAGGUGGUGCCGUCGAGGGUUCCAUCCGUUGGUGGGCUCGUGACCACCGCGCUCACCACCGUUAUACCGACACCGACAAGGACCCCUACUCGGUCCGCAAGGGUCUGCUCUACUCCCACCUAGGAUGGAUGGUCAUGAAGCAGAACCCCAAGCGCAUUGGCCGGACCGACAUCACCGACUUGAACGAAGACCCCGUCGUCGUGUGGCAGCACCGCAACUACCUCAAGGUGGUUUUCACCAUGGGUCUGGCUGUUCCCAUGCUGGUUGCUGGUCUCGGAUGGGGUGACUGGUGGGGUGGCUUCGUCUAUGCCGGUAUCCUCCGCAUUUUCUUCGUCCAGCAGGCUACCUUCUGCGUCAACUCCCUUGCCCACUGGUUGGGUGAGCAGCCCUUUGACGACCGCAACUCCCCCCGUGACCACCUGAUCACUGCCUUUGCCACCCUCGGCGAAGGUUACCACAACUUCCACCACGAAUUCCCCUCCGACUACCGCAAUGCCAUUGAGUGGCACCAGUACGACCCCACCAAGUGGACCAUCUGGAUGUGGAAGUCCUUGGGCCUGGCCUAUGACCUCAAGAAGUUCCGCUCCAACGAGAUCGAGAAGGGUCGUCUGCAGCAGUUGCAGAAGAAGAUCGAUCAGAAGCGUGCCAGGCUCGACUGGGGUGUUCCUCUGGACCAGCUCCCUGUUCUCGAAUGGGAUGACUAUGUCGACCAGGCCAAGAACGGACGUGGCCUCAUUGCCAUUGCCGGUGUGGUGCACGACGUGACUGAUUUCAUCAAGGACCACCCUGGUGGCAAGGCCAUGAUCAACUCCGGUAUUGGCAAGGACGCUACCGCCAUGUUCAACGGCGGUGUCUACUACCACUCCAACGCCGCCCACAACCUGCUCUCGACCAUGCGGGUGGGUGUGAUCCGCGGUGGCUGCGAAGUCGAGAUCUGGAAACGCGCUCAAAAGGAGAGCAGCGAUUAUGUCCGGGAUGCCACCGGUCAGCGUAUUGUCCGGGCUGGCGAGCAGGUGACCAAGAUCCCUGAGCCUAUCCCCACGGCCGAUGCCGCAUGA